GUUCUGGCCGUGGUACCCUGAGGACAGCAACGUGGUACGCGUUCCGCGACCUGUUCCAUAUUCUCUGUCGUUUCGUUUUCGGUUCUGUGUCUGCCACAUUUGUCAGUGCGUUCGGGUCCAGGUGCAUGGGACCCUCGGUGCCCGUCGUUGUGAUGUAGGACGCGCAAACGGCCCGGAGACUUUAAUGCAACGUAAGGAAGGAUUUCAGGUUCACUAAGUUUCCGACGCCGCGUUGAAAUAAAAAAAACCGUCCGAUGUUCACGUCGUAAACGGACGGUGGGACAACUUGAAAAAUGAAUUUGUUCAAACGCGGUAUGAUUUUUCUGACGUUCUUCGGCUCGUGCAUCGCGAUGGCACUGCUUGUCGCCAGUUUGGGCACGAAACAGUGGGUCAACGCGAAGGCGAAGCGGCUCAAGAAUCCGAUGGAGAGCGACGGAAAAAUCAAUUUCGGCCUGUUCGAUGGGAAAAAGGAGCUGAACGUAGCCUACGGAUGGAGAACAUACGAGAUCGACGUGGUGCAUCUGUUGAGGUACGAGCCGGAGUUCCUGAUGUACGGAUUCUGGUUGGGAACGGUGGCCUGCAUCUGCGUCACCCUCCUGUUCACCAUAUUCGCCGCCGUGUUCGCCGCCAUCAACACCGCAACCACCACGUCCAGAUGCCUGACCGGAAUCUCGGGACUAUACCUCUGGAAUUUCUUGGCCUUUCUUGCAGAUUUGGGCGCGAUCGGUUUUUGGGUGGCCCAGUUCUACGUUAGGAUCCAAUACAACGUUCUGUCCAGAGAGGACAAGGAUAACGAGUGGACGUCGGAGGGAAUGGCCGAGUUGGGGUACUCGUUUUGGUUUUCGGUGGGAGCGGCAGUUGCGGUGUUUGUAGAUAUAAUAAUAAUUUACAUCGCGAACAGCGAUAAAGAAGUGGAGACUGUCAUUCCGGUGUUGGAGGAAAAAGCGAAUGGAGCGAUAAUGCUGUACUGAUUCAUCGAAUUGCUUGUAAAUUAACGCUUCGAUAUUGUAUAAAUUUAUUUAUUAUCGGUUAGUCUAAGGUUUUACUUAUUUAAGAUAUUUUUUUAUAUGAAUAAACAAACGAUAUAAGUAU